AUGGUGACCAGGACAAAGAAAAUCUUCGUAGGAGGGCUUUCAGCACCCACAACGCUUGAGGAUGUAAAGAAUUACUUCGAACAGUUUGGACCGAUUGAGGACGCCAUGUUAAUGUUCGACAAACAAACCAAUAGGCACAGAGGUUUUGGCUUCGUCACAUUUCAAAGUGAAGAUAUAGUGGACAAAGUGUGCGAAAUUCAUUUUCACGAAAUCAACAACAAAAUGGUGGAAUGUAAAAAAGCUCAGCCGAAAGAAGUCAUGCUCCCAGCGAACCUGGCAAAGACGAGAGCCGCUGGACGCGGCGCGUACGAUUUCAUGUGGUCAUUGGGUGCUCUUCCUGAUGGGUUCCCCGCAGCGUACGCCGCCUACGCGGCUGGACGUAGUUAUUCGGGCUAUCCUAGCUUCGGGCUGCCAUACCCUGCAGUUGACCUGACCAACGGCCAAAUCACACCGAACAACAACACACCGCUGCUCGCGCAGGCGCUCUCAGUGAUGAACAACUAUCAAGCCGCAGCAGCCGGGUUCGGGCCGCCAGCGUCGCCGCACGCUGCAGGCGGGCGCGCCGGGUUCCCCGCAGCCAGCUCACCGGGGCCUGCCAUCGAUGUGUACGGCUCCGCGGCUGACAGCGUGGGCUAUGUGCAAGCCGCCAGCCCCCAGCCCUCCGGAUUCCCUGCGAUCGCAGUUAGCCGCGCGCCCCUCAAUUACACCCCAGGACCCCUGAUUCCUGCGGCAUUUACUAAUGGUUAUCAUUGA